ACAGAAAAGAUGGCGGCCAAUAUGCUGAGGUCGCUCGCAAAAUUCGGACGUCCUUCGUCAGUAAUUUUAAAUAAAAAUGCAUUGACUUCUGGAUGUGCUUUGCUUCAAAGGAGGCAGAAGCAGUGGCAGCCAGAUGUGGAGUGGGCGGAGCAGUAUGGUGGAGCGGUGAUGUACCCGACUGCCGUUACGGCCAAUUGGAAGCCUCCCCCAUGGAACGACAAGGACCCCAUUGUGGAGAAGGAGGUGUCCAACCUCACGAUCAACUUCGGGCCACAGCACCCUGCAGCGCACGGCGUGCUGCGGCUGGUGAUGGAGCUGAGCGGCGAGUCGGUGAAGAAGUGUGACCCCCACGUGGGUCUGCUGCACCGUGGCACUGAGAAACUCAUAGAGUACAAGACCUACCUGCAGGCUCUGCCAUACUUUGACCGGCUGGACUACGUGUCGAUGAUGUGUAACGAGCAGGCCUACUCUCUGGCUGUGGAGAAGCUGCUGAACAUACAGGCUCCGCCCCGUGCCCAGUGGAUCCGAGUACUAUACGGAGAGAUGACGCGCAUCAUGAACCACAUCAUGGGCGUCACCACUCACGCCCUCGACAUUGGUGCCAUAACACCCUUCUUCUGGUUGUUCGAGGAGAGAGAAAAGACGUUUGAGUUCUACGAGCGAGUGUCCGGGGCCAGAAUGCACGCCGCCUAUGUCAGACCUGGGGGAGUCCAUCAGGACUUGCCGCUGGGCCUUAUGGAUGAUAUAUAUGAGUGGUGCAAGAACUUUUCCAUACGCGUCGAUGAAGUGGAGGAGAUGCUGACCAAUAAUCGGAUCUGGAAGAAUAGAACAGUUGGAAUCGGUGUUGUUGAAGCAGAAGAUGCACUUAACUAUGGCUUCAGUGGAGUAAUGUUGAGGGGUUCAGGUAUUAAGUGGGACUUGAGAAAGUCUCAGCCCUAUGACAAAUAUGACGAGGUAGACUUCGAUGUGCCUAUUGGAAGCAACGGUGACUGCUAUGAUAGGUAUCUGUGUCGAAUUGAGGAGAUGAGGCAGUCUCUAAGGAUCAUGCACCAGUGUCUCAACAAGAUGCCCGCAGGAGAAAUCAAGGUGGACGACGCUAAAGUCGCACCUCCCAAAAGAUCGGAGAUGAAGACAUCUAUGGAGUCUCUCAUUCAUCAUUUCAAGCUCUAUACAGAGGGUUACAAGGUGCCCCCAGGGGCCACUUACACAGCCAUCGAAGCACCAAAGGGUGAAUUUGGCGUGUACCUGGUCUCUGAUGGUUCUAGCAGGCCCUACCGCUGCAAGAUCAAAGCCCCUGGCUUCGCUCAUUUAGCUGGUUUGGACAAAAUGUCUAAAGGCCACAUGCUUGCUGAUGUGGUUGCGAUUAUUGGAACUCAGGACAUUGUGUUUGGUGAGGUGGACCGUUGAGGAAGCAUAAUGACUGGUUUAGGUACACCUAUUGGGUUCUGUCUUUCAGGUUCAUUCUGCCACAAUGAAAACUUCAGUCAGACCCCUCCAUGUAUAAAAGCUCAUUUAAAUUAAUAAAUAUUUUGUGUCUGUGACAGUA